GAUUUGGUAGCACACUCACCCGACAUACUAGCAGCAUUUCUGCAACAUCCUUCCAAGGAAGACACAUUCACAAACUCCGUGUGCAAGCUCGUUCAUGAACAAUACAUUGCCGAUAUACGGAAAAUCUCAUCUGAGCAUGCAGGUUGGCAUUUUGGUGCAUCCAGUGCAACUACCAAGCAGCUGGAGGACUUCAGCAUCGAGGAGAUGGCCUGGGAGAUGGAAACUAGCGCACCUGCAUUGUGGAACUUACUGGGGGGAUUACUU